GCAUGACUGAAAAUAGGCGUGCCGAAUGUUUGCAGGCAGCAACACCACUCAGUUUUUUAAUAUUAAAGUUUAUUAACUUGAGACACUCCUUUGUGCAGCAGAUUUUCAAGAAUGAGUGUAUCACAGGGAAAAAUAAUAUCUGUCAUUGGAAGUGGACUGAUUGGUCGCUCCUGGGCCAUGGUGUUUCUGAGCGGAGGGUUCCGGGUGAAGAUCUAUGACAGCCAGCCAGGACAGGCUGCCAGUGCCAUACAGGAAAUCAGAAAGCAGCUGAAGGAGGUGGAGCAGGCCCAAAUGCUCCGAGGGGACCUCAGUGUAGAGGAUCAGCUGCUCCUGCUCAGUAGCCAUGAUGACCUCUCCCAGGCACUAGAGGGUGCCUUCUUCGUCCAGGAGUGUGUGUUUGAGGAUCUAGACACCAAACAAAGCGUCUUCCAGGAGGCGGAGGGUCACGUGGGAGAGAGCGUCGUCCUCAGUAGCUCCACAUCCUGCCUGUUGCCCAGCAACGUUUUCUCCCGAGUCCAGAACAGGAAACGCUGCAUCGUGUCUCACCCGGUGAACCCGCCCUACUACGUGCGGGUGGUGGAGCUGGUUCCCCAUCCAGAGACGGUGGCAGAGGUGGUGGACAGCACCCAUGCCUUGAUGACCCAGCUGGGCCAGGCGCCGGUCCGGCUGAGGAAAGAGAUCGAUGGGUUUGUCCUGAACCGUGUGCAGUAUGCCAUCAUCGCCGAGUCCUGGCGCCUGGUCACGGAAGGGGUCAUCUCUGUCCAGGACAUUGACCUGGUGAUGUCAGAGGGCUUAGGGAUGCGCUACGCCUUUAUUGGCCCCAUGGAAACCAUACACCUCAAUGCACCUGAAGGCCUGGAGGACUACUUGAGGCGGUACAGGGAGGGGAUGAAGAGGGUGCUGUCAUCUUUCGGGCCUGUUCCAGAGUUCUCUGGGGAAGAGGCCAAAUCCAUUAACCAGGAAAUGUGUGACCUCAUUCCCAAUGAUCACCACCACCUGUCUGCCAGGAGACAGCGGCGAGAUCAUCUCUUGAUGGGCUUGGCCAAGCUGAAGAAAUGACCCGAUCCCUAGCGAAGAUUUCAAUAAAUGGAGUCUUGAAUUUUGACUGAUCACAUGUGGAGGAAAA